GGAGGAGCGAUGAAGGGGAGAGCAGACUACGAGAAGAUGGCAGCAGUGGCAAAAGGAGCGAUGAAGUGGGGGAGCAGACUAUGAGAAGAUGGUGGCAGAUGGAGUGAUGAAGGGGGGUGCAGACCAGGAGAAGAUGGUGGCAGAUGGAAUGGAGUGAUGAAGGGGGGUGCAGACCAGGAGAAGAUGGCAGCGGCGGCGGAUGGAGAGAUGAAGGGGAGAGUGGACCAGGGGAAGAUGACAGCAGUGGUGGAUGGAGAGAUGAAGGGAAGAGUAGACCAGGAGAUGGCAACAGUGGUAGAUGGAGCAAUAAAGGGGAGAAUGGACCAAGAGAAGAUGGCAGCAGCAUUGGAUGGAGAGAUGAAGGGAAGAGUAGACCAGGAGAAGAUGGCAGCAGUGGUAGAUGGAGCAAUAAAGGGGAGAGUGGACCAGGGGAAGAUGGC